AUGGAUCCUUUCUUGGUCACAGAAGGAACGAUCGCACUGGUUAAGGCGUCGAAGGCGCUAGUGGUCUUUGUGAAAAGUAUCCAGGAGGCCGUUGCAGAUGCGAACCACGAUCUCAAUACACUGAUCGCUGAGUUGGAGUCACUGGACGCGGUCACUAACUCCGUUCGGGAUGUCUACAAACGAGAAAUGGCAAGAGCCGAAGCAGCACCAUCAAAAGCUGUACCUCUGGCUGACCAGUGGCACUUUUGUUGCCGGAGUCUUCGCGCUUGUGAACAGAUAGCAGAAGAACUAACCAAACUGUUCGAGGAUAUUUAUAAAAAUAAUCUCCAGGAGAUCACCGGCAGAAGAAAUGCUUUACGGAUAUCGCAUCGCAGACAUGACAAGGAUGGGAAGCUACAUCGGCUCCGUGCGGAUCUGGCCAUCGAGAAAAAUAAUUUGUCAAUCUUACUGAUGACAAUCAACGUAAACUCCCAAGGAGCCUCUCACGACAAGCUCGACAAGAUAUUCGCCCAACUCAAGGAAUUUGAACGCGACUUCAAAUCUCAAUCUGAGACAUUACAAAGUCGUAUCCAACUGGACGAGCAGGACUUGGAUAUGAAACACCAAUAUGCCGAAGCUUUACACAGACUGCGCAAGUUGCAAGAAUUCGUUACCACGGCAUUCAAGACUAGGCAUUUCUAUACACCUCAGCCGGUCAGCACCUUCUACACCGGCCGUGCUCAGGACCUUAAGAAAUUACAACAUGUGUUUUUCAAGGAAAGUCCGGUACAUCGGCAGAUGCGUUUCGUUGUUCAUGGUAUGCCCGGAUCAGGGAAGACUCAGUUCUGUUGUAAGUUUGCAGACGACAACCGAGAAAGGUUCUGGGCCGUCUUUUGGGUUGACGGCAGGUCCAGUGAACUGAUUAAACAGUCGUUUGCUGAGAUCGGCAAAUAUGGAGGAGUGGAACCGAAUCACGUUGCUGCGAUGCACUGGCUUACUACCAUUGAGAAACCAUGGCUAUUGAUCAUCGACAAUGUCGACGACAAAGCUCUUAAUUUGGACGAAUAUUUCCCCAAGGUCAAUAGAGGCCAUAUCCUGAUAACGACUCGAGUACGCGCCCACAAAGCAUACGGCAACGUUGGCCCUGGGUCCUUUGGGUUCAAAGGUAUGACUGAGGAGGACGCCGGUACGCUUCUUCUACGCUCAGCCGAUUUCGACUUAAAUGUGCCGCCGGAUGCCGAAACUAAAUCAUGGGUGACGAUGAUUAUCAAAAAGCUCGGCUCUCUUGCGCUUGCCGUGAUUCAUGCCGGUGCCGCUAUCAGAUCGUCAAUAUGUACUCUCAAGAACUAUUUGACAUUCUUCGAUGACGACUUGCAGCGCUUGCGGCUUCAGCGCAGAUCAUCUAAUGCGGAUAUUGCAAGUUUUAAGGAAGGACAUAUGAAAGCGCACGCAACGUUUGAAGUCAUGUACAAAGGCAUCGAACAGCAGAACACUGAAUCAUCUAGAGACGCAAUUCAGUUGCUGAAGAUGUUUUCGUUCUUUCAUUGUGAGAAUAUCCGCCGCGAAGUUCUGGAGAAAGCAAUAUACAACUGCAAGUUUGAAAUGGAACAGGGCCAAUACAAAAGUCCCGAGGAAGGAAAACGUCCGCUAACAUGGACUGAAAAAGGAAACGAGCUGUGGUUCGCCUUCCUGGCUUUUAUCAUGACGGACCGCAGUCCUCCGGCGUUACCUCAAUUGAUAAUCGAUGGUCGUGAGUCUGGGGUCAUUGGAACAAGAUUAGGAUACGCGUUGGGAGAGCUCGUCAACAUGUCUAUCGUCACUCUUCAUGAAACACACGGCGUUGAAAGAUAUUCAAUACACUCUUUGGUCCACCAAUGGGUUCGCGAGAGGCCCGAGAUGUCCAUAUUGGAGCAAGAUUUCUGGUCAAAAGCUGCAGCCACGACACUCACACACUCAAUUCUCCUCCCUCUUCCACCUCACACCAACACAGCGGAGAGUGCACCAUUCCGGAGGGAGCUUGUUCCACAUAUUAGACAUGUUAGGGCUAGACGACAAGAAAUAGUGAAAAGAAUGGAUAAUCGCGGAUGGUGGAUUUCAAAAUGGCUCGGCAUCGCAUCAAACUUUGAACCAGACCAGGUUCGCGGACCAGACCACGCUCGCCAAUUGGCAAAGUUCAGCUUGGUAUUCACAGAGACCGGUGAUUGGGAACAAGCUCGCAUACUCCAAGAGAAUGUGAAAGAAUGGACAGAUAGAAUCCGGGGCCUGGAGCAUAUUGCAGCCCGACGCGUCACCAUGUUUCUGUCUCAGACCUACUGGUAUCUGGGCCGAGGGGACGAAGCAGCAAAUUUACAAGAAGCUGUUCUGAAGGCGUGUGAAUCAUACCUUGGUCCUACCAGCCGUGAGACGUUGGUGACCAUGGACACUCUUGGCCGAUCUAGGUGGCAACAAGGAAGAUACACCGAAGCGAGGAAGCUACAAGAAGUCGCCGUGAAUGGGCUUGAUGGUCUAAAUCUCGACGAUGAAGAGCCCCUUCUCAUUGCAAAGGCUAACCUCGGCCGAACUUUGGCCAAAUUUUACGAGAAACGUGACCUCGAGGAGGCACGGGAGUUAUAUGAAGACGCUUUCAAUGGCAUGAUCAAGAAUCCCAAACUGGGCCGUACUCAUAUCCAUACGCUGGAAACAAAGGAAAGUCUGGCAAUGCUUCAACUGCAAAUGGAUGAUGACAAACAAAUGGUACUGAAGAGUAUCCAAGAAGUUCUUGCCGACCGAACGGCUACAUUGGGCAAAGAGCAUCCUUUUACGCUGAUUGCGAUGGCCAGCCUGGCAAGAGUCUACAUCGCGUUACAGGAGUUCAGCAAAGCUGAAGAGACUGUCUGCAGUGGGCUAGAAAUUGCCGAUCGAAAUCUCGGCAAGAAACACAUUGGUACGCUGAUGGGGAGGGUCAUUCUGGGCAUCAUCUACACCCGCCAGGGCAGGUUCAAAGAAGCAGAAAAGACAUUGAAGGCGACGAUGAAGGGACAGGCAGCUAUUUCAUCUCAAAUAGGCGAGAACCACCCCGACCGCAUCGGUACAAUGAUUGAGCUUGCAGAGUGCUAUGAGAAGCAGGAGAAAUUCGAUGACGGUAUUGCAAUGUGUGAUCAGAUAAUCGAAGGACUGCGCAAGAUCAGCUACUCGGAGCAUCCAUUGGAACGAAAAACACAGCAACAGAAAGACAGAUUGAUCAAGGAUCGUGAUGCAAAGAAGGCUCAAUAA